UGGAGCUCCAGCAGCAGCGUGCGGAAGGGAUUUAGCGGGAGUGAGAGUUAGCGGCAGUCCGGCCAGCCCUCGCUCUUUACUUCUUCAUUUCUGCGCUCUGGUGGAAGAUAAUCUCCCGCAGGACUCGUGCAUGGAGCGUGUUGUGUGAGCGGCCGCCUCACUGCAGUGUCUGUUCGCUCCGAGACUUGUGAGAGAUGUCUGACUCCCCUAAAUAUCCAGAAAAAGAAGGUACACUGAUGGAGGGCACAGUGCAGGUUGGAGAGGACCCAACUGGACGUCACAGUGGAGAUGAUGUCAGUUGCACUGAUGGCAAAAUAAAUGUACAAGGUUCCCCUGUUCUGGAGAAGUCAGACUGUCAGAGCACCUCUCAGUCUGCAGUAGAAGAACCUGUUCCCCAAGAGAACCUGAUGGAAGGAAGUCAGGAGGAGGAGGAAGAGGGUGCAAGAGAGGACAUUCAGGAGGUGAUGAUCCAAGAAGACACAGACAACAAGCAAGAAGAGGACCAACAGAUGAAGCAUGAACAGGAGGCAGUAGAGGAAAACAGAAAACCUGAAAACAUGGAACAGAAGAAACAUCAAAUUAGUCAAGAAGAGGAAGAGCCUGAAGGUGUAGGCAUCAGACAAGAGGUGGACAUACAGUCUUUGGAUGAGGAGAGCAGUCAGGAACAGCCAGAGUCAAAAGACAGGAAACUUGGUGAGGAGAACCUGGCAGAGGAGAAGCAUAAUAUUGAUCAGGAGGAGGAAGGAGAGAAGCAGCUGGAGGAAAUAAGGCAUCAAGAUGAGGAGGCUGACAGAGAUUUGGAGGGAGGGACUGCUGGGCAGGAUCAGGGGAAGCAACAAGCGGAAGACAGAAAUCCAAGAGAAAAGAAUGUGGAAGAGGAGGAGAGAAGUGGUCAACAGGAUGAAGAGCAGCAGAAACUAGAGACAGAUAGAGAUGUGAAGGGAGAGAACGCUGGACAGUGUGAGGGAGAGACAGUAGUGGAACCCCAAAAAACAGAGGAGAAGAACAUGGACGAGACAAAGGUGGAAAAAAAUGCACAGGAGCUCAAAGAGCCAACAGAGAUGGACAGAAAAUCUGAGGAGAACGUGAUGGAAAAGAAGACUCAAAUGGAACAGGUGGAGCAGGAGGCAUCAGAGGAGAAUGAGGUGAUGCAGAAAAACAAAAAACACAGUGGAACUGAAGAAGUGGCGCCGGAGAGGUUAGAGGAAGAUGAGGAGCAGAGAGCGGGAUCUGUCGGACAAGAAGCAAAUGAAGAAAAUUGGACGGUUAUCAGGACAAUAGAGGAUGACUCUGCUGAAGCCCCAAUGGAUAUCGAUCACACGGGAGAGAAGAUGCAAGCCAAUGUCCUGGAAGAUUCAGAAACCUGUUUGAACACGGACACUGCUGAAAGCCCUUCUGAAGAAGUACGACCUGAAUUGCAGCCCUCUAACAGUCAGGCUCAGACUUCUGAAGUGUCAUCUGAAGACAUGUCAUCUAACAAAUCAGAAAACCAGACGGUCCAGGAGUUGAAGGAUGAGAUGAUGGAGUCUUCUAUACAGACACCAGUGCAUUCUGUUUGGCCCGUGGAGGAAGAGGAGAACAUGGAUAUUGACAGUUCCACUGUCCUGUCUGUGAAGGUCAAAGAUGAACCUAUGGAUGAGGAAUAUGAUCAAGCUCUUGUACCUCAGGAUCCAACAGGAAAGGUCAAGGAUGAACCUGACACCAGUGAAGAAUGUGGCCAGAGAUCAGAAGAUGAGUUCAAGAUCAGUGCAGUGUUCAGUGUUGGGAGAAAUUCUGCACCUAUAGGGUCCAGCACAGGCUCUCAAGCUGUAAGCACCUCAGCAAAGGCAUCAUCUAACUCCUCUGCUUCUGGCCUGACUCCUGCCAGCUCCCUGUGCGUAGUGUGUUCAGGCUGUAAGAAAGUUCUCCUUAAGGGCCAGACAGCGUUCCAGCGUAAGGGCUCUCCCCAGCUCUUCUGCUCGCCACAGUGUCUCUGCAGUACAGCAACCGACCUGGUGGUCAAGCCUGCCCUUAAAAAAAGCUGCCAUUAUUGCCUCAAGGAGAUUCCUAACCCAAAGGAUGUCAUCAUUGCCCCGGUGGACUCAGCAGGGGCCAUGAAGGACUUCUGCAGUCAGAAAUGCCUCAGCGCCUUUAACUAUAAGAGGGACAGUGCAAACUCUGCUCUCGGUGCUGACCAUAACGGCACAAAAUGCAGCAUAUGCCAAAAAGCCUGCCCUACUCGACAUGAGGUUAACUACUUGGGCAGUGUCCAUAAACUGUGCAGUGAUGCCUGCUUCAAUCAGUUCCGAGCCUCCAAUAAGCUAACCAUGAACUGCUGUGUCCACUGUGGAGGCUACUGUUACGGCGGAGAUGGCCAGUGUCCCACCCUGGUGAUAGACGGUGCUGUUAAAAAGUUUUGCAGCCAGAACUGCAUCACUGCCUUCAAAAAGAAGUAUGGAAAGCCUGUCCCCUGCACGAUGUGCCGAGGUUAUCAUGCUGUGGUAGACAUGGUGGAGAGCACAAACGCAGAGGGCAGCAGAGAGCUGUUCUGCUCUUCUGCAUGUGUGACUGCAUACAAAGUGCAGACAGUCAGCUCAUCAGGUGUUGCAGUGGAAUGCAACAACUGUAAGCUCAUUCAAGUGCCUCAGUACCACCUCGCCAUGUCGGAUGGUACUAUCCGCAACUUCUGCUCCUUCAGUUGUGUGGUAUCUUUUCAGGAUUCCUUUAAUAAGACAAACUCUCAGAACCAGCUGAAUGUUGCAUCACCAUCCCUGAGCACCACUCUCUCCCAGUCUGCCUCAAAGCCUGCCUCCACCAAACCUUUUUCUGCAGAGCCCAGCUCCUCUGGGGCUCUUCAGAUCCCAGCAGUGACCAAAAUUCCCUGUGCCCAGUGUCAGCGCGCUUUCUUCCGCAAGCCUGAGCUGCUGGACUUUAAGGGAAAGAUGUAUGCAUUCUGUGAUAAGGGUUGUAUCGACGAGUUCAGGAGGACCAACUACAUCAUGGCACAGUGUGUUUACUGCAAAAUCGACAAGGUGGUGAAGGAGAUAAAGAGGAUUAACAACAUUGACUGCUCUUUCUGUAGUGAGGGCUGCAAACUACUCUACAAGCAUGACCUUGCCAAACGCUGGGGGAAGAAACACUGUCGAAACUGCCUCUACUGCAACAGCACCUCUCAGACUUUGGUGCUCGGUUUAUUUUCUGGGAAACAGGAGGAGUUCUGCGGAAAUGAGUGUUUGUCUCAGUACACACUGUUAUUCUGUCAGGUGGCUAAGUGCUGCACAUGUAAGCGAGCCAAGAAGAUGGUGGAGUCUGUUAAGUGGCUGGGAGAGAUGAAGCACUUCUGUAGCCUGCAGUGUCUGAUGUACUUCUGUAGUCUGCAGGGUAACCCGACAGCCACUGUCCAAGCUAUCAAGCCUACGGUUGCGCAGCCUGUGGUCGCACAGCCUGCAGUUGCCCAGCCUGCGGUCGCACAGGGUCCAAUCUCAGUAGGACCAGUGUUCCAACCUGCAGGGCCCAACACUAUGACAACACAGACAUCGCUGGUUACGAAAGAGGCCACACCUGUUAUUGCCAAUGUUAUAUCAUUAUCUAAUGCUACCAGUGGGCAGCCAAAUGUCCUAGGAAGUACUGCCCUGCAAGGCACUGUUCCUGCUUGUGUGAAACUGAUGGGACAUGCCAGCACACAGACAGACGGUGUGAAACAAGCUGCUGCUCCACCACCCAGAAUCCUGAAGAACAAAGCUUUGCUAUGUAAACCCAUGAGCCUGAACAAGGGCACCUCCUGCAAACCCAAUACAUGUGAUGUGAACAUCCAGACAGAUAAAACACUGCCUGAAGUGGUAGUGUUACCUUUACCAGUGCCAGUGUAUGUUCCUGUACCUAUGCACCUCUACACACAGUACACACCACAUGCUGUAGGAUUUCCUCUACCGGUGCCAGUGCCCAUGUUUCUGCCCACAACUCUGGACAGUGCUGAGCGAAUAGUGGAAACUAUUCAGAAGAUCAAAGAGAAAAUCCCAGACAACCCACUAGAAGCAGACCUGAUCAUGAUGGCUGAGAUGGUGGCAGAAGACAGCGAAAAUAAAACUGCCUCCCAAGGAGGUGAACAAAACCAGGAAGAUAACUUCAUCGAAGAUUUUGAUUUGGAAGCUCUGUCCAGCAAUCUGAGCUGGGAGGAGGACAGUGUUUCCAGUGCCUCUCGAUGGGGUCGACACUCAGAGCCUGAGAAAGCACCUCCACCUCCUCCUCCACCCCCACCCAAGCAAACUCCACGGUCACCCAGCCCCACCCCCUCAUCUACCCCCACACCCAACCCCACCCAACAAGAGCCACAGAUGGACCUGGAGGCAGACUUCCCAGCUGAGUGUUUUGAGCUUUUGGAACAGCGUACACAAAAGGAAAAGACCUCAACUUCCAGACAGAGACCUCGCAGGAGAGGCCGGGACGGCUUCCCUCAGAAAAAACGACCUCGUAAGCGUAACAGUGGUUCUCCGCUGUCACCGUCUGGUGUAUCAAACAUCACCAAACUGCACCAUGAGUACGGCGUCCAAGCAUGGAAGAGCUGGAUACGCUGGAGGAACGCACAGCCCAACCUGGAGACGCCAAAGAUUGGCUCUCGUAACAUGAUGUUAAAGGAGGACCUGUUGCAGUGUAGCACAGCUGAGCUGAGCUACGGCCUCUGCAAGUUCAUCAGUGAAGUUCGUCGACCUAAUGGAGAAAUGUACAGUCCAGACAGUAUCCAUUACCUCUGCUUAGGCAUCCAGCAGCACCUCUUUGAAAAUGGCCGAAUGGAGAACAUCUUUGCUGACUUGUUUUACACCAAGUUCAGUCAAAGUAUAACCAACAUACUCAAAGACUGGACACCAACCAUACUGCCUAGUGGCUAUGUGCACUCUCGAGUGGAAGAGGAGUACCUGUGGGAGUGUAAGCAGCUGGGGGCGUUUUCUCCAAGCGUGCUCCUCAACACCCUGCUCUAUUUCUGCACUAAGUUCUUUAACUUUAAGACUGUGGCUCAGCACCGCCGUCUCUCCUUCGCUCAUGUCAUGCGCUGCACUCGCUCCCACAACAGCGGCAAAGUGGCCUGCCUCCGCUUCUACCCCCCUGUGCCCAAAGAAAGCAGUUCAAAUGCAGAUGGAGUCCCUGCCAAGAGGAAAAGAGAGGACGAUGAUGAUGAUGAAGGUGUGGUGAUGGAAAUGCAGGAGAAUGCUGAGAACCCCCUCCGCUGUCCUGUCAGGCUCUAUGAGUUCUACCUCUCCAAAUGCUCCUCUUCAGUGAAGCAGCGCACAAACGUUUUCUACCUGCGCCCUGAGCGCUCCUGUGUCCCCAACAGCCCACUGUGGUUCUCCUCCAUGGCACUGGACGAUGAGGAGCUGGAGACCAUGCUCACUCGCAUCCUUACUGUCCGAGAGCUCUACCUGGAGAGAGAGAAGCCCACAAGCGUGUCUGAUUCGGACAUCGCAAGCGAUUCUGACUGAAGUGCUCAUGUAUACACCGGUACUAUUUCAAUACACUUACAUAAACUUUACAUUAGUGGAGCAACUUAACUGUGAUCGAUCAGCAGGAGUUACAGUAUGGAGUGUUUCUCCGUAUUAUACACAGCCAUAAGUCUGAGAAGACCUGUCCAACGUUCUAAAAUGGCUCAUUACGAAGACAAAUGAGAAAGUGGAGUGCACCAACACUUGGGAGAAUGUAAUUGGACUCAAAAUAUACAGGCGCACAACUCUUUAUUAAACGGUCCUGUACUGUAAGUCAAUCUAUCGUGCUUAUUGCUCAGUUUUCCUUUUAUAUCCUUUUGUUUAUAACUGUAGCAUUUUGUGUUUAAAAUGGUUCCUGUUUGUGUAAAGAAAAGGAAAGCAACUCACAGUAACUACAGAAUUCAAGCAGCUUGGAGACAUUCGAAGAGGCCAUGUAGUUUAUUGACUAUUUUCAGAGACGGAGCAUGAUGCUGACUGUUGUAUAAUGCUUUCCCUUACACAUUUGUGUAAGCUGUUAUCAUUGUGAUUCAUUCAUUUUCCAUUUUAUUCUGCAACACUAAAGAAAGAGGACUGCCUGUUUCAAACCUCUGCCCAUUUUUAGUGUGGAUUUUAUGUUUGAAAUUACAUUUUUAUUUGAGGAAAAGCAACCAAUGUUUUGGUUCAUGCCUGUAAGCUCUCAAAAAACAAUUUCAUGUUAUGUUUUUUAUGGAUAAAAAGUUUUUGUGAUCACAAAGAAAUGAACCUGUGUAUCAUUUUAAUCAAAAUGUUUGCGAGAAAAUGGUCACUUUUGUCCAAGUUUAAUACAAGUAUUAAAAUAGUUGAGAAACAGCUCUGAAUAGAAAGAAGGAAUUAAAAACAGAUACUAAUGA